AUGGCUGUUACCUCGUUGCUUGCUGCGGUUGCUGGCGAGCUUCUUCCGCCGCUGAAGCACGAACUGGCGGCACUUGCUUCUCGAGACCCAAACACACUCGACUACAACGGGUCGGUGAGAUGCAACCUGACCAGGAAGGGGAAUGGGCACGACGACGAGGAUUCCGGAAACAGGUUGGGGCGCAAGGGCACAGCGUCCGAGAACCCGGUUCCCUUGACGGUUACAUUGGAUGAACUGCACCACGGUCCCCUCGGCCCGCGAUCCAAGCUAAUGUAUCGCCUGCAUUGGCUCGUCCCCGAGAACGACAUUUCCGAUCAUCGCAUCCGCGUGUGCAUGGAGACCGACGACGGCGACGGAAUGUGUGGUUCGUCUUCUUGGGACGGCGAGCCGGGUCCAAUCAACAGCGGCAGCCGCCCGUGUAAGCGCCCUCUCAACCUCCCACAUCUACGCCGGCGGCUCUCAUUGGCCAACCAUCUAAUUCGUGCACCUCUCCUCGUCCUCUCCUCGUCCCAUGAGAAGUCGGUUGGCGCGCGCCUCACCCUCGCAUACCACACACAUCGACUCGCGGUUCAGGUUGUGCCACAGCUGAUUCGCCAGCUGCGCAGACUCGCCACCGUGAUGCUGCCCAGCUCAUCGCAGUGCUCGCUCUCCGUGCGGCGUCCCUGCAUACCGCCCGCUACCGCGGAAGCACCAAUGCUGCUCUCCGCUGCCUUUCAGUCACACCAAGCCUGCGCGGUCACCUGGCUCGGCGGCGGCCUGGCUUCCUCCUUUAGUUAUCUUCUCUUCUCCCGCCUGUCGCACAGGUUGCAACAAUAG